CCUAAGGGCAUCCCCUCUUAUCGAUAUCUUUCUUUAUCAUCGACUGGUGCUCAUUCAAUCAUUUCAAUUUUUUAAUUUUAUUUUUAAUUAUUUCUUGUUCAAAAUCUUUCCUUCUUUUGGUGGUAUAUAAAUGGUUAGUUAGCCGAUCAAAUAUUUUCAAGUCGCCACUUAAGAACAAGCAUAACCAAACCCACAAGUCAUAGACCAAAGGUUAGCUGUCCGCUCAAAAAUCCCAGAUGGAACCCUCUUUGUUUUACCAUAAUCAAUACCUAAAUUCAGAUCUCUCCCCUGAAUCUUCUUUUGGUUCUUUAGAUUCAUUUCCAUGGGAUGAUCUUUUUCAGAGCAGUUCCCUUCCUUUUAACACCAGUGACUCAGGGGAGAUGGUACUGUUUAAUGAUUUAGGCGCCGAUGGUGCCAAGGAGUCCUCGGAAUCUAAUUCCUCGAGUGGAAUUAAGGAAGAGGAAGUGACUUCAAAUGCCAAAGAAGAGGAGCCAAAGAAAGAGAAAUCCUACAGAGGGGUUAGGAGGCGGCCAUGGGGUAAAUAUGCUGCAGAGAUAAGGGAUUCUACAAGAAAUGGCGUCCGGGUUUGGCUAGGAACCUUUGAUAGUGCAGAGGCGGCUGCUUUGGCUUAUGAUCAAGCAGCAUUUUCCAUGCGGGGUUCGAUGGCUGUACUAAAUUUCUCUGUGGAGAUGGUGAGAGAAUCACUUGAAGACAUGAAGUAUAGAUGUGAAGAUGGGUGUUCGCCUGUGGUGGCACUUAAGAGGAGACACUCCGUGAGAAGAAAAUCAACAAGUAGGAAAAGUAAAGUGAAUCAAGUAGCUAAUACUAGACAACAAAAUGUGGUGGUUUUGGAGGAUUUGGGAGCUGACUACCUUGAAGAGCUUCUGAAUUCAUGUGAGAGCUCUAGUUCUUGGUGAAGUCAGACUGCUUUCAUCUCCUUAAUUCCUUUAUUUGUCAAUUACUUUCUUCUUUGCAGACCUUUGAUUUUGUUUUCUUUUUCCCUUGUCUUUCCUAAGAUGAGGAGAGGGGUAAUGUCGUGGCAAGAGUUUCUUUCCUUUCUUGUUGUCCAUCCUUAUUUCUACACACUCUGUAAAGUUUCUUUUUCAUUUAUUAGAGGAUAAAGUGAGUCUUGUAUCA